UCUGGUAAAAAAAAAAAAAAAAAAAAAUCUGUAAUAUCAUACAGCUAGAUGCAUUCUCUUUUCUUUUAUUACUUUUUCUGUAAUUAUAUAUAUAUUUUAAGGUAUAUGUUCUAAUCAAAGUUUCAAGACAAAAAGAAUAGGAUCAGGGAGAAUUCUUCAUCCCAAGAUCCUCCCACAGAAUUCCAGAGUCAAGAGUCAUCUUUUAUUUUCUUUCAUAAUAUUUCUCUCUUUUCUUUGAAAAUUUAUAAAAAAAAAAGGAAAAAAAAAAACCUUACUGUUGCUCCUUUCGGUGUAUAAUUCUUGUUUUAAUAAUAUGGCAGAGGUUGAUCCCGAGGUCUUCUAAAAGCUCUCAUCUUUACGGAAGGAAAAAAUGAACAAUCUUCAUUAGCAAGUUAAUCAAUCAAUGUUGAGGAUGAUAUUUCUAUGAAAUUCAAGCGAGAUCUGCUCCCGAACCUUUCCAUUGAUAACAGUGAAAUCAAAACUUUCCUACACGAGAUCCAAUCCACAGUCCUACCAAGCUCUCAAAUCAACUAAAAACCUUCCUUUCUACCCUUGCCUCCUAUUCCUUGUCCAACCCUUAUUUCUUUUUCUUCUUCACUACUUAGGGUUUCUGAGUAGCCUAGCUCGAGAAUUAUAGGAAAUACAUCCUUGAAUUCAGAGAUAUGAGAUUUCUUUGAUUUUCUUUUUUGUAUAACAGUAAAUCUCUAGACUAUAAGAUCCCACCACAGCUCAAUUUAUGGUGAUUCACGUAUUUUUACCAUAUAUAACCUCUAAUAUCCAUUUUGAGUUCGAUCUCAGCCAAAUAAUCUCUAUAAUCAGAAUCAGAAAGAGUUCAUUGAGAAACCAGUCAUUAUAAGCAUCUCUUGUACAGAUCCUGCAAGAUUAAUCUUUCCAUCCAAUUUUAAGCGUACUAAAGAGAAGGGGGAACAUGGCGUCAUCAUCAAAUUCUCCAUGUGCAGCCUGCAAAUUUCUCAGGCGAAAAUGCCAACCGGAAUGUGUAUUUGCUCCCUAUUUUCCACCGGAUCAGCCCCAGAAAUUCGCCAACGUACACAAAGUUUUCGGGGCCAGCAACGUCACCAAAUUGCUAAACGAGUUGCACCCCUCCCAGCGAGAGGAUGCAGUGAAUUCCUUGGCGUAUGAGGCAGAUAUGCGUCUUAGGGACCCAGUGUACGGCUGCGUUGGUGUAAUAUCUCUCCUUCAGCACCAACUUCGCCAACUGCAGAUGGAUCUCAGUUGUGCGAAAUCUGAGCUAUCCAAAUAUCAGAACCUAGGCAUCACUGGCCAUGCUGGUCUAUUUGCAGCUGCGGCUGCUGCUGCCACAGCCACCCACCAUCAUCCCCAGAACCUUGGGAUCAAUCUGAUCGGAGCAGCUGGCGGUGGUGGCAGGGAGCACCACUACCACCACCAAUUUUUCCCUAGGGAUCAGCAGCAGAUGAUGAGGAGCUUUGAUACAGCUGCCGCCAACACGUAUGAUGCAAGCCUCCUCGCUAUGAAUGUCUCUGCAAGUAUUGGACAGCUGAGCCAAUUCCAGCAACCCAGGGCUGCCGCUGGUGAAGACCGCCGCACCACCAUUGACCCCUCUUAAUUGGCAGUCUUCUCAUGGCUGCACUGCACUUCUGAAGAAUUCACUGAGAAAAGAGAAGGCAAUUUUAUCUUCAUCUUCGUGAUACCCCCUAAUUGGAUAGACAAAUUUUGCUACGUUCAUUUCUUUUCCUUUAGUUUUCCUAGCUACCUGUUUCAGCUCCUUAAUCAUCUAAGGAAAAUACAUGUUAAAUUUGCCAUGCCAAAAAUGUAAUUGCUUCUCCACCAUCAAUCACAGUACUUCGUGGGGUUUUGCCUCUUAAAAUGUG